UGUGUGUGUGUAUGUACAAUGGCCAUCCAUGUGGAAGGACUGGUGGCGAUUGCACUCUUUUAUCUGCUCAUUUUAUUUGUUGGAAUAUGGGCGGCUUGGAAAAACAAAAACUCCGGGCUUGGAGACAGUACAGAUCAGAGUGAAUCUAUAAUAGUGGGAGGACGGGACAUUGGGCUCUUUGUCGGGGUUUUUACUAUGACCGCCACAUGGGUUGGUGGUGGAUAUAUCAAUGGAACAGCAGAAUAUGUGUAUUUGCCUGGCUAUGGACUGGCAUGGGCACAGGCACCCUUUGGUUAUGCACUUAGCUUGGUAGUAGGUGGUCUGUUCUUUGCCAAGCCGAUGCGGUCCAGGGGAUAUGUGACCAUGCUGGAUCCCUUUCAGCAGCUUUACGGGAAGAGAAUGGGUGGCCUUCUCUUUAUACCAGCCUUGAUGGGGGAAAUCUUCUGGUCAGCAGCUAUUUUGUCAGCAUUAGGUGCCACCUUAAGUGUCAUAGUGGACAUCAACAUCAACAUAUCUGUUAUAAUAUCAGCACUGAUUGCCAUCUUCUACACACUGGUGGGUGGCUUAUACUCAGUGGCUUACACAGAUGUGGUUCAACUUUUCUGCAUUUUUGGAGGCUUGUGGAUCAGUGUACCUUUUGCUUUAGCCAAUCCUGCAGUGUCAGACAUAAGUGUGACAGCAGUGAAAAAAGUAUUUCAGACCCCAUGGCUGGGCAAAAUUCAUUCUUCAGAUGGUUGGAUGUGGGCAGAUAACUUUUGCCUUCUGAUGUUAGGGGGGAUUCCCUGGCAGGUCUAUUUUCAACGCGUUCUUUCUGCUUCUUCAGCUACUUAUGCCCAAGUCCUCUCGUUCCUGGCUGCCUUCGGCUGCCUCAUUAUGGCGCUCCCUUCCAUUUUAAUCGGAGCCAUAGGGGCAUCUACAGACUGGAACCAAACAUCAUAUGGUUCUGUGCCACCCAUGGAGAAAGAUGAAUCGGACAUGAUUCUGCCUAUUGUGCUUCAACAUCUUUGCCCAUCUUUUGUCUCAUUCUUUGGCUUGGGGGCCGUUUCAGCUGCUGUGAUGUCAUCAGCAGAUUCAUCCAUUCUUUCAGCAAGUUCAAUGUUUGCACACAACAUCUACCAGCUUGCUUUCCGUCAGUCGGCAUCUGAUCGAGAAAUUGUCUGGGUGAUGCGAGUCACGAUCUUUGUGUUUGGUGCUUUGGCCACGGCCAUGGCUCUCCUGACUGGAACAGUUUAUGGCCUGUGGUACCUGAGCUCAGAUCUUGUCUAUGUUAUUAUCUUUCCUCAGCUAAUUAGUGUGCUCUUCAUUAAGGGAACUAAUACUUAUGGUUCAGUAGCUGGCUACAUCUUUGGCUUGCUUCUGAGAAUUGGUGGCGGAGAACCCUACCUCAAGCUUCCACCUUUCAUUUAUUACCCAGGUUGGUAUGAAGAACAGACAGUGCACCAUCUGACCAAAGACGUGGAGUAUGUUGUGGUGCAGAAGUUCCCUUUCAAAACUGUAGCCAUGCUAGCUUCACUUUUGGGCAAUGCCGUCUUCUCAUACACAGCCAAGUAUCUCUUUGAAAGUGGCACACUCUCUCCUAAGUAUGACUUUUUGAAUGCUGUGGUUGCCAAACAUAGCAAGGAAAUCAUGGACAAGACCAUUCUUGUAAACAAUGACAAUAUCAUCCUGUCAGAAAUGGCUCCAUAUAAACCAAGGACUGCAUCCUCCUUGGCAGGAACAUUCAUGAACACGGUGGUGCUUUUCGACGAAAGUGAAAUCAGUACAGAACUGAAUAAUGAAGGUUAA